AUGACUGCUGUACAACGUACUGUUGUUUUACAUAAACGUCCAGACUAUCAUAGUUUUGGAGUAUAUAUUGGUGAAGAUUUUCCUUCUGGUAUUUAUAUAGUUACAAUUGAACCUAAUUCACCUGCAUCACAAGCUAAUAUACAACCUGGUGAUCGUGUUUUAGCAUUUAAUGGACGUAUGGUAUCAUCGAUGACUAAAAAUCCUAAAGAAAUGCUUAUACAAACCGCAGCUAACACUCAAACUUUAACACUUACUAUCCAAUCAACUCAUAUACUUGAAGCUGUCAAUAUAUCAGCACCCAAUAACUUGUACAAUGAUGAUUAUCAAUAUUCGUCAAAACAAAAUGAAACUAUAGAUGAUAAUCUUGAAAGGUAUAUUAAAUCAUUAUUUUCGGAUGAUAGCUUACAAAUUGUUCCUGUAUCAUCGGAAAAGCCUAAUGAAUAUUUAUUAAAAUCUACUAGAAAUACAUUACCAUCUCAUCAUCAUCAUCAUCAUCAUAAUCAUGAGCAGCAGCAGCAUCAUCAUAGUCAUCAACGUCAUCGAAAACCGCGGCCUCAUUCAACAAAAGAAAAGCCAGUAUUAACGAAUAAUGAACAAAGAGAUAAUUAUCUAUCAUUACCUCAUACUCGAUCAAUACCAAGUAUGGGUACAUCACAUGUAAUGUUACGUAAUUCACAAACGAGUUCAAAUAAUUAUGAUUCUUAUGAACCAAAAGAAAAUAAUUUUACUCCAAGUAUUCCAUCAAUACCAAUAAAUACUCGAAAUUCUACUCCUAAUAACAUAGUUAAUCGUAAUCCUGAACCUAUUCCUCCUCCUCAACAAACAUCUAAUACACUACCACCGUCGAUACUUACUAAUCGAAAUCAACCUAAUCUAAAUCCACAACCACCAGUCAGAGUUAAUAAUCGAUCAGCACCGAUUAAUGGUGAAGGUAUACGUGAAGUACGAUUACAUCGUGCACAAGGCUUUCAAGGUUUUGGAUUUCAUUUAAAUUAUAAUAGAGUCUAUUAUAUUAUUCAUCGAAUUGAAAAAAAUAGUCCAGCUGAACAAGGUGGUCUACAUGACAAUGAUGUUGUACGUCAAGUUAAUGAUCAAUCAACAGAAAAUAUGCCACAUGCACAGUUUGUUGAUAUUAUUAAUGCAAGUAGUGAAGUUGUUUUUCUUGUUCAACCAUUUAAUGAAUAUCAACGUGCUAAUCCUAAUGUACCAGUAAAUCACGAGGUUACCAAACCAGUUGAGAACAAUAAGAAUGAUGGUGAAAAACGUCAAAAUAUAUUAACUAGAACAUUAACCAAAUUAAAAAGUCGUUAA